AUGACUCUCGCUCUCUGCGGUUACUCUGCCACCUUCAUGCGCUACGCCAUGGCCGUCACCCCCGUAAACUACCUCCUGUUCGGCUGCCAUUUCGUCAACUUUGGCGCACAAGCUACUCAGGGCUACAGAUACCUCAACUACUGGAAGUACGUUGCUCGAGCUUCUCCCGGCCAUGUUUCUGCACAGGUCCAUGCUGACACGUGCCUUUCUAGCUUUGGUGGUAAAGAGCUGAAGGAGAAGGCCACACAAGAAGCUUCUCACAUCGCAGACCAAGCCAAGGCUGCCGCUCACAAGGUCGAGGGCAAGGCUAAGGAGGUUGCCAACAAGGUAACCAGCUCAUAA